AAAAAAUACUUUAUCAAAUCGAUUUAAAUAUUACAAAUGAAAAAAAAGUUAUUUAUUGCCCAAUAAAUUGAAACUAUUAAAUCCAAAUUCCGAACCCUCGUAACGAGUCAAGUCGAACUAAAUUAUCAAAGAUUUAUACAACUAUAUUCAUGCAUACAAGUAUACAAGUAUCCAUGAUUCUCCUUCUUGUUCAAUCCCUUUUUGCACUGAAUCAUGUUAAAAACCAGAAAUUUUGCAAUAUGCGCUUCCCGCCGGAUAACAAUUUUUAUUGGUCUCAAAAGAUUCCACCUUGCUAAUUUAGUAUACACCCAACAGUACCACAAUCAAUCUUCAUCGUUUUACUCUUCGAUUCUAAAAUCUAUAAACAAUUCCACAACUCUCCUUCAAUUACAUGCUCAAAUUACCACUUCUGGGGCUUUUGCCAACAGUGUUUAUCUCUCCAACAAUUUAAAAAAUGCCUACAUUAACAUUGGUUUAAUUUCUAAAGCCCAUAAAGUUUUUGAUCAAAUUCUGGAAAAGAAUAUAGUUUCUUGGACAAUUUUGAUAUCAGGGUUUAUGAAAAGAAAGUUUUUUUAUGAUGCAGUUGGAUUAUUUGCUGAAAUGAUUAAAAAUGGGUUACUUCCCAAUGAGGUAACUAUUUCUAGCAUUUUGCCAGCUUUCGGGAAUCUGGGUUUGAAUUUGUUGGGUAAAUCGAUGCAUUGUUUUUGGGUUCGUCGCGGAUUUGAACAUAAUAUUGUGGUUGAGACAUCUUUGAUUGAUAUGUAUUGUCGUUUUGGGUGUAUGAAUAUUGCGCAGAUCCUGUUCGACGAAAUGCCUAAGAGAAAUGUUGUUUCUUGGAAUGUUGUUAUUUCUGGGUAUGCCAGCAAUGGGAUAGGUGAUUGUGCAUUUCACACUUUUAAUUUGAUGAGAAAGAAUGGGGUUUCGUUAGAUUACUUCACCAUUAUGAGCUUGUUAUCAGCUUCUUGUAGACCUAAUCAAGGUAGAUUGACUAUUAUGAUUCAUGGUUUUAUCAUUGGAGUAGGGUAUUAUAAAGAGAGGCAAAUUCAAACUUCUCUUAUUGAUAUGUAUAUUAGUGGUAACUUCAUUGAUGAAGCUUAUGGUGUCUUUAAUGAAAUGGUUGUCAAAGAUGUGGUAACUUGGACUAUGAUGUUGAAAGGAUUCUCAACCGACGUGUUUAAGACCAAAGCCAUAGAACAUGUGAGGGAGAUGAUAAGUGAACACUCUAUAUCUCUUGAUUCAACUGCGUUGGUGAGUAUGAUUUCAUGUUUAAGAUGCUCAGAAGAUUUACCCCUAGGCAAACUCAUUCAUGGAAUUGUAGUAACACGAGGCUUUGACAAGGACGCGUUUGUGGGAUGUGCACUCAUAGGCAUGUAUGCACAUUGUGGUGAAUCGGAUAGUGCGAAAAGGUACUUUGAUGGAAUGGAGAACAGGGAUGUUACAUGUUGGAAUGCUAUGAUAAGAGCUAUGGGAGUGAAUGGAAAUGGUAAUGAUGCAAUCAGUCUUUUAUGGAGAAUGGAAGACAUGGGUUUUAGUCCAAAUGAAUCUACUUUUGUCUCUGUACUGUCUGCUUGUAGCCAUGCCGGAAUGAUUGAUGAGGGUCUUCAGAUUUUCUAUCAUAUGGCUAAGAGAAGGGGCAUUGUUCCUAAUUUGCAGCAUUAUGGAUGUCUAGUAGACUUACUCGGUCGUUCAGGAAGACUCGAUGAUGCCAAUUCGGUGAUAGCUCGGAUGCCUUUUCAGCCGAAUUCUGAGGUUUAUGGUGCUUUACUGAGUGCUUGUAGAGUCUAUGGAAAUUCUAAGGUGGGGGAUGAAAUUUACCAGAAACUACUUAAAAUAGAUAUUACUGGUGUUGGACACUUGUGUUCUCUAUCAAACUUGUAUUCCUCCUUGGGUGACUGGGAGGGAAAGGAGAUGUCUCACAUGGUGCUAAGGUCUAAGGGAAUGAAGAAAGACCUUGGUUAUAGCUUGAUUGAGAUGAAUAAGCAAGGAUGAUGGUUCAUGACAGGAGAAAGACAUCAGAUUGAAUUAGCUAUAUCGUCUGGUGUUUGCGAUUGCUGGAGCAAACUGAUACGGUAACAAGAGUGAUGCGGUUAUAUAGCCCCAAAUAUUGACUGAAAGCAUGAAUAUCCUUGAAAUGGCUCAAAACGCGUUUAACCCCUUUACGGUGCGGGAAAUAUCAGAUCGUUGUUUUAAAACAAUGAUGCGGCCUUGUUUUUGCGCUAUACUUAAAGGCCAUCCCUUGAGGUAGAAUAUUUUUAGUAGGAUGCUUUAAGGGUUACCAAAGUGUUCUGCAGCUCUUUGACUGGUUGUUUGUGUUUCUCGAUCAGGCUCCCAUCUCUUGGAAAACAAUGAAGCUACAUAUUGUAUCUCGUUCUUCUGCAGAGGUAUCGUUCAAUGGUGGCCGUUACAUUCGAAUUGGAGUGGUUAAAAGCUUAGGAGUGCAUCAUCCUAAACCGAUUGAUUUAUUUUUCGUCUUCAGCUGGUCAAUCAAGCUCAACUAGCCAUAUUUAGGCCUCGAAUCGACGAGAUUUCCCUAUUGACCAUCAACAAUACCUUCAACCCUGAUACAUCUGGUGGAUAUAUGGUAGCUUUUGCAGGAAGAACAUAUGCUGCAAGAUCAUUACCAGUUUUUGUUGCAGAUAGUAGUAAUACUGUAACAAGUUUUACACUUGUAAGUUCCUUCUGAAUAACAUUUUCUUAUUCUAGAUUCGGGUCUUGCCUUAAUUGAAGAGCAAGUAUUGUUACGGCCUGUUUGGUAGAUAGUAAUAAACGGUAGUAAUGAAAAUGAAAAACUAGUGUAAUUUUAAUUUAAACAUCUCUUGGUUACAUUAAAGGUCAUGCUUGUCCAACUUUCAUCAUCUCAUUUUCUUUAUAAAAUUAAUUCCAAUGCAUUAUCAUUGGGAGAUGUGGUAUUAGGUGGUAAUGGAAAUUUGUAAACAAAAAAACUUUGUUUGUGAUCAAAAUUUCAUUACCAUGGGAAUGAUAUGGAACUUUGGAUGAAAUUUUUACACUAUAAAUCAUUCCCAUUACCAUCAUUUAAUACCACUAACCAAACGAGCCGUUAAAGUAUUUAACUUGGGGUUUCAAGCAUCACCUUAACCUUUUGGUUGAAUUCGUUUCAUGAUAUGAUAUCAGAUCUAACGUGAUAAGAGGUAUAAGUUCGAAUCUCAAUCACCUCUCAUUUUGAAGUGGAACAUUACGCAUCAUGUAUCAGGAGGCCUUAUGUUGCAUCCACUUGGACCACUUCUAACUCAAAGGGCUCUAGUGUGAAAGGCGUAUAACUUUAACCAUCAAUUUAAACUUUUAGUUGAGUUAGUUCGUUAACGAGCAUCACUUUCAAAAAAUCUUGGGCUUGUUUAUAGUUGAAGGAAAUUUCAUGAUUUAUUAACUAUUAUUUGGUUUUAUAAAUAAAUAUUCAUUAAUCAACCAAAUAAGUGCAUAUUUUUUGUUUUAAAGAUUAGGGUCCUACAAUUGUGCAUUAAUUUGUGAAAAUUCAUAUAGCAGUAACUCAUAUCAUAGUACAAAAUAGGUUGUAGCCUGGGCAUUGAAUUGUUGAGUCAUAAAGUUUUAAAUCUACCAAAAUAUUACCGGAAUUAUAAAAGUGUUGAAAAACCGUGCUUUACUUUCAUAUCAUUAAACAUUGCACUUACACUAUGGUUGAAAUUUUGAUUAAGGCCUCUUGAAUAAAGAGGUUACCCUACAGUAUGUCC